AUGGGAGCUGCUUUUCUCAUUGCUGCCUAUAAGGAGCACGAGCACGACUCCGCGAUGUACUACUGCGGGCGUAAAGCCGCAUUCGGCGACGAGUUCGGCGCGUUCAUCUACACGCACAACAUCGUGUGCAACGUGCUGGCGGCCAUCUUCAGUUUGGCUGCCUAUGUGAAGGCGAGGCGGAUGGUGAAGACACAAACCCGAAUGCAACGCCAGCUUGGCCUCAUCAAGAACUACUUCAUCAUCUCGAUCGUCUCGACAGCGUUGGUCUCACUCCCGAAUGCCAUCCAUCUGUUCCAAGUCUACGUCAAGGAGCUGUCAAACUCGAUCUCGAAGCCGGCCUACUGGGCCCAAACGGUCAAUUCUGGGAUUCACUUCUUCGUCUAUUUGGCGCUGAAUUCCGAAGCCUCUCCAACCGGUGCCGAACACCGCAAUGGCAGUCUGCCAAAGGAUGGUGGCCCUAGCGAGCUG